GUGCUUAAGUAAGGCUUGGUGUCUGACCCUUCUCUAAUCUCAAUUUUGCUCGUCAAUCAUCGGCGGCGUUGACUCCGUCAAUCAGUUUCCGAUUCAAUAUCCGUUUCACUAUGCUGUAGAAUGAGUUGUCCACAAGAUCCUCACCGUCCUCAUUUUCCAUUCAAGAAUCCUUUUUCAAUGAUAUUGCCCAAGGGCUCAUCGCACCUGUCCCCAAAGCUCCUUUCUCUGUUGAAUGCUUUUGAGGAAUCAUUGGCUGAGAAGAUCAAAUGUCUCAAGCCUGGAUGCGGGGCACGCGCCUUCAGCCUAUCAUGGAUGAAAGAAGUGAUGGCUUCACUCUCAACAAUACAUACCAGUGUGAGAGUCCUGGUUAAAGAACUUGAACUUCCAGUUUGCGGUUGGGAUGAGAAGUGGAUUGAUGUGUAUAUGGAGAACAGCGUGAGCCUGCUUGAUAUCUGCACUGCUUUCAGCUCUGAGAUCUCCAGGAUUAACCAAAGCAAUCUUUACCUCCGUUCCACGGUGCAGACCCUAGAAGGUGAGCCAAAGCAGUUUGCAAGAGCACAAUCGUUGUUGGAAGGAUGGAGGCGGCGCUUGGAUUCUGGAAAUCCACGGCUUGAGAACUGCUUUGUGACAGUGGACCGCCUCGUUGAGAGCCUGAAGUUCCCUAAGAAGAAAGAUUCUGGGAAAGAAAGAGUUCUGAUGAGAGCUCUGUAUGGCGUGCGCGUGGUUACCAUUUUCCUCUGCAGUGUAGUGGCUGUUGCCUUCUCGGGCUCUUCAGGAAACAUGAAGAAGGGCUUUGAGGUUCUUGAGGGUUGUUUGUGGGCCGAAGCUUUUGUUGAUCUUCAGAGUUCAGUUACCGAUGAAAUAAGGGACAACGGAGGGGUGACCAGGCUGAAGGAGCUUGAAGCUGUUGACGCGAGUGUGAAGAAGCUAUACCCCAUAGUGGAGCCAGGGGUAGACCUUGACGCGGUUGGAGGAGGGUUCUCAUUGCAAAAUGCAACUUCAGAGUUAAGAAAGAAUGCCGAUGUACUUUCGGAAGGACUCGAUCUAUUGGCCAAGGAAGUGGACGGUUUUUUCCAUGUUAUUUUGACGGGGCGAAAUGCGAUGCUUUCGAACAUUAGAGUUGGUAGCAAUAACGUAUCAAAAUCAAUGCAAGACCGAAAAUCAAGUGGAGGGGUAAAUUCUGUGAAUAAUAAAUACUAGCUAACUAUAGGAGCGUAUUCAAGCUUCUUCUUCUUCUUCUUCCUUCCUUCUUCUUUUUCUCCUUCUUCUUCUUCACAGAGAGGGGGUGCUUAGCUGUGCGUGUGUGUGUGUGGGGGGGGGGGGGGGGGGGGGGGGGGGGGGCGGAUGAUGUGUUCUGGAUUCAAUGUGUGUGGCGUUUCAACAGUUAAAAUAUUAUUGCCAAAACGUGUAGAGCGAAGCAAUGUUUGUGAUAAAUAGUUGUGCUCUGAUUUGUCUUGCAAUAACAAUAUCACUCACAUUUGUAAACCAUUAUUAUCAUUAUGAACGGCUGAUUUGAUCAACAUUAAUGCUCCUUCUCAAAAAAAUGCAAAAGAGGAGAGUAUUCACUAUUCACACCCUUGUGGUGAAUAAACAAAAGGGAAUUCC